AUGAGUGCCCCGGGAGCCAAGAAACCUGAGCUCUCGAGCGACAUCGACUUCAUCAAGACUCCCGCUGCGAAGCCCUCGGAAUUCGCAACCGGCGAGGACUGCGGGAUUGCUACGACCAAUUCUCCAGCGAUCAACAAUCCCCCAUUGGCUGCUGAUGGUCCUGGAAAUGAGAGCUUCUCCAACCUCUUGUUAGCGGGCGCCAUCACCGGUGUCCCCGGCCUGCUCACCUUCCUGGUGGGCGGCGGGUUCAAAACCUUCAUCUUCUUUGCCCUCGUUUCCGUCCUCCCCGUUCUGGUGGCUUUCUGGACCUGGACGUCCAGCUGCAGCCCUCGCACCAACAACAAAGUUAAAUUGCCCGGCCGCCCUGUUGAGCACUAUGUGACCUUCAAGCGUGAGGAGGACAAGGCCAAAUGGCGCGGAAAGAACAAGAUCCCCAUGCAGACUUUCUCUGAGAUGUACCUGGACGGCCUGGUGGACUUCAACGGCGACAUCCUCGACGUUCUGGAGUACCGUCACGACUGGGCAAGCUUCGCUUUCACCUGGGACCUGUUCAAGUUCAUCGUUGGCACUUUCUUCGUUGACGUCCUGUUCCACACCAAGGCCCAGGAUGAGGAGCAGAUCCGCCCCAACUACGACAGCGGCAACGACCACUACGCUUGGUUCCUCGGCCCCCGCAUGAUCUACACCUCCGGUAUUAUCUCGGACACGGAACAGGAAGAGACCCUGGAGGAAAUGCAGGAUAACAAGAUGGCGGUCGUUUGCGAGAAGAUUGGCCUGAAGGACGGCGAGAAGAUGCUGGACAUUGGUUGCGGCUGGGGAACCCUGGCCAAAUUCGCCAGUUUGAAUUAUGGCGCCAAGGUGACCGGAGUUACUAUUGCUGAGAACCAGACCGCCUGGGGCAACGACGCUCUCCGUCAGGCUGGUAUUCCCGAAGACCAGAGCAAGAUUCUGUGCAUGGACUACCGUGAUAUUGUCCGCGAGCGCUAUGACAAGAUCACUCAGCUGGAGAUGGGUGAGCACGUCGGUAUCCGCAAGCUCACCGGAUUCUUCCGCCAGUGCUAUGACAUGCUCAACGACGACGGUGCCAUGUAUGUUCAGCUUUCCGGCUUGAGACAGGCGUGGCAGUACGAGGAUUUCAUCUGGGGUCUUUAUCUGAACAAGUACAUCUUCCGUGGUGCCGACGCCUCUACUCCUCUCUGGUAUUACAUCAAGUGCUUGGAACAGGCUGGCUUUGAAGUGAAGGGAAUUGACACUGUCGGUGUCCACUACUCCGGUACCCUCUGGAGAUGGUACCGCAACUGGGUUGGCAACGUUGAAGCCAUCAAGGCCAAGUACGGACCUAGAUGGUACAGAAUCUGGGAGCUCUUCCUCGCCUGGUCCGUCAUUGCCUCUCGCCAAGGUUCCGCCACCUGCUACCAGAUGGUUGUCGUCAAGAACCUGAACUCCACCCACCGUGUCAACGGCAUUGCCAGCCAGUUCGGCUUGGCCGGCGCCCUUGAAGCGAGCCGCAAGGCCGGCAAGUCUCGCCUUCCUUAG